AUGAUGAAACCAAGUGCCUCUGCUUCGAACCUCAGCGUUCCCCUCGUGGCAAAGCAGUAUCACUACACCGUCGAUUGCGAUCUUCGCCACAAGAGAUCAUCUCCAGAAGACCCGAGCGAUGAUGUCUUCAACGUGAGCGAGGAGAAGGAGGAGGUCGAAGAGCGACCCAGGAAGCGGAUGCGGGUCCUAGGCGAGACCGAUAGCGAAGAUGAAGGAAAGGAAGGGCUCGACGGCACGAGCGAGAAGGACAUCUCCAAAGAGGAGAUCGAGGACAACAUAAAUCGCCUGACGCGGCUCAUCGAGCCCCUCGACAAGAUCAAGAAGGACACCUCCCUCUUCAAGGACACGCUACGUCGAGAUCACUUCAACGCCGACUUCCAGCCCUGUGUGCUCAAGAUCGAGAACAACAUCCAAGAACUCUACAUGCAACUCGUAAAGUGCCGAUCGUUCUACUCGUUCCUGCUCGAUGCGCAACGUCCCGUCCAGGCCGAAUGGGGCUACUUCGGGAUGCUGCCACCCGAGCUGUUGCUCAAGAUCUUCUCCUUCCUCGAUGGGAAGGAUCUCGCCAUCGCCCAGUGCACCUGUACCUUUUUCCGCAAGGUCGGAUCGGACGAGUCGCUGUGGAAGACCAUCUGCGAGAGCCUCUGGUCCCAGGACAUCGCCCUCGGGCAGAAGCCCGCGAACAAGCCUUGGCGCUGGCUCUUUGACUGCAAGAUGCACAGCUUCAAGCGUGGUGAAGAAAAGAACGGGAGUGGACAGUUCACGCUGGAGCACAACAACGUGUACGAGGGCGAGUGGAAGAAGGACAAGCGCCACGGACGAGGGACGGGCAUCAUGGCCGACGGCCGGCGCUACGACGGCGAGUGGGAGGAGGACAUGCGCUCCGGCUUUGGCAUCUUCCGCUGGCCCACCACCUGCAACCGCAACGGCGGCGACUCCUACGCUGGCUAUUGGAAGGACAGCAAGAGGCAUGGCCCUGGCGUCUACACGUGGGUCGACGGGACCAAGUACGACGGACAGUGGAAGGACGGUAAGCGGGAGGGCACGGGCACAGUCAUCUGGCCCGACGGCCGGCGCUACGACGGCGAGUACAAGGACGGCAAGAUGGAGGGCAAGGGCACCUUCACCUGGCCCGACGGCAGUCUCUACGAGGGCGAGUACAAGGCCGGGCGGCGGCACGGCUUCGGGACCUACACCUAUCGCCAGGCCGGCGGCGUGUACAAGGGCGAGUGGAAGGGCGGGAACCGCGACGGCUGGGGCACCCUCGAGAAGGCCAACGGCGACACCUACAAGGGCAACUGGAAGGACAACCAGCCCAACGGGUGGGGCGUCAUGUCCUACGCCAACGGUCAGACGACGCAGAAGAUUUGGCACCCGAGAGAGCUUUCGAUGGAGCCCUGA